AUGACCGUUACCAAUCAGACAGAUCUUCCCACUCGAGGAAAAUAUCUCGAGUUUGGUGGACAACUCAAGACACUAUUUCCCCAAGCCCAAGAUUGGGUCAACUUGAAUCAUGGAUCCUACGGAACGAUGCCGCUCGUCAUCAGGGAAAAAUUCCGGGCGUACCAGGACCUCGCAGAAGCGACACCAGACAAGUUUAUUCGGUAUGAUCAAGGAAAACUCAUUGACGAAUCUCGUGAAGCCGUGGCGAAACUGGUCAAUGCACCGACCGACACGGUGGUGUUUGUGACCAAUGCCACUGAGGCUGUCAACACGGUGUUUCGCAACAUGAAAUGGAACGAGGACGGAAAAGACGUCAUUCUCUUCUUUUCAACUAUUUAUCCGGCCUGCGCCAAAAUCGCAGACUUCAUGGUCGACUACUUUGGCAGCCACCGAGUCGGCAUCCACGAGAUUCCCCUCCACUACCCUCUGGAGGACGAGGACAUUAUCCAGCUGUUCCGGGACGCCGUGGCCGCUCUCGAGAAGCAAGGCAAACGCGCCCGCAUCUGCACCUUUGACGUUGUGUCGUCCAACCCGGGUCUCGUGUUCCCCUGGGAGGCGCUGUGCAAGGCGUGCAAGGAACUCGACGUGCUGAGCAUGGUGGACGGCGCGCAGGGCAUCGGCAUGGUCGAGCUGGACCUCGCGGCGGCGGACCCGGACUUCUUCACGUCCAACUGCCACAAGUGGCUGCACGUGCCCCGGGGCUGCGCCAUCCUGUACUGCCCUCUGCGGAACCAGGACAUGAUUGCGACGCCGCUGUCGACGAGCCACGGCUACGUGCCGCGGACGGCGGUCCGGCGGGACGUGCUGCCGCCCAACACGAAGCCGCCGUUUGUCAACCGCUUCGAGCUCGUGGCCACCAAGGACCGCUCGCAGGACAUUGUGACCAAGGACGCCAUCGCCUGGCGGCGCGACGUGUGCGGCGGCGAGGCGCGCAUCAUGGCGUACCUCUGGGACCUCAACAAAAGGGGCAGCCGCCACGUGGCGGCGCGGCUGCGCACCGAGGUGCUGGAGAAUACAAAGGGCACGCUGACAAACUGCGCCAUGGCCAACAUUGCGCUGCCCAUCUGGCUGCCGGGGGGCAAGGGCAAGGGCGCCGGGGAGCACGAGGAGGACAUGGUGGUGCCCGAGCACGAGGCGGUGCAGGUGCGGCUGUGGAUGAUGCAGACCAUGAAGGACGAGUAUCACACGCUGAUGCCCUUGUUCUGGAUGGACGACAGGCUGUGGGUUCGCACGAGCGCGCAAAUCUAUCUGGACAUGAAGGACUACGAGUAUGCGGCCAAGGUACUUGAGGAGCUGGCUGCGCGCGUUGCCAAUGGGGAGUAUAAGAUUUAA